AUGGAUGACUCUGAUGAUGAGUACGUAGCACCUCAUUCCAGAGCGGGAACUUCAGAGAAGGAAGAUGUCGAAAUGGAUGACGUUGAUGACGAAGAUAUCGGAUCUUCCGAUAUGGCCAGAAGAACCCGAGGCAGAUCUGCAACGCCAGCAAAAGCUAAACCUCCCGGAGGACUAGGAGGUACAGUUGCAGAUAUGAAAACUGCUAAUGGUGGAUACUCUUGGGAAGAUGUCUAUCAAAGAUCAUGGGAUGUAGUGAAAGAUGGCGAUGAUGAUGGCAGAACUCUCGACUUACUUGUUCAACAAAUGAUCGAAAAUAGGAAGAAGAAAAUCUUGAAAAAUUCUUCUACAACACCAUUUCAGAGAGGAAUUAUAAGAACUGUAAUUGUAGUCAUAGAUGGGUCACUGACCAUGCUGGAAAAGGACUUGAGGCCUACUCGGUUUGCCGUGAUGUUAUCUCUAUUGGGAGAUUUUAUUGUAGAGUUCUUUGAUCAGAAUCCAAUCUCGCAGAUUGGGAUAGUCAUGAUGAGAAAUGGGAUUGCAUAUUUGGUAAGUGAAGUCAGUGGACUGCCUCAAUUACAUCUAGAGAAAAUAAGGCAGCUCAGAGCUAGGCUGCACAACAGGUAUGAACCAAAGGGAGAUCCUUCGUUGCAGAAUGCGCUAGAGAUGUCCCGCUCCUUACUUAAAAUUAGCUUUGGUAACAAUAACAACCGAAAUUCCAAAGAAAUCUUGGUCAUUUUGGGUGCUCUUUUUACAUCAGAUCCAGGUGAUAUCCAUAAGACUAUUGAUAAUCUCGUGAAAGAUGAUAUCAGAUGUAGGGUUAUAGGGUUGUCUGCACAAGUGGCUAUUUGCCAGGAGUUAGUUAAUAGGACCAACCACUACACUACGCAGACACCUACAGGUAGGAAGAUCAUCCCAGUCUCGAAGGACAACCAUUAUGGGAUUAUUAUGAAUGAACAGCAUUUUAGAGAAUUGCUUAUGGACUGUGUAGUCCCAUUACCGGUAGCAGCAGAUAUAGACGCAGAAGUUCAUGCAAAUGGAGGAGUUCCCUUGAUCAAAGUAGGUUUCCCGCUGAAAUUGAAGCCGACCGCUGUAACAAUGGGGCUUCCACAAUUAUGUGCUAACAACCUAGAAAAUGAACAAAAUGAGUCUGAUGAUAAAAAAUUGGACUCUCUGGGCUCAUCACUUGGUUCUAUAAACCGUCUUCCAGGAAGCAGCCAGUUGAUAGCAUACGAAUGCCCACAAUGUAGUAAUAAGGUUUGUCAUUUACCCACAGUCUGUCCCGUCUGCGAUCUAAUGCUCAUAUUAUCAACUCAUUUGGCACGCUCGUAUCAUCAUCUCAUUCCGCUUAUUGACUACAAAGAGGUCCCAGUAGCAGAAUCUUAUUCAUCUACUCACUGUUACGGAUGCCUUCUUGAAUUUCCACAAGGUACGAAGGGAGUACAAGCUGGUGCAUUGGAGCUGUACUCUUCCUCAAGAUAUCGUUGUCCCAAAUGUACAAACGAUUUUUGCAUAGAUUGUGACGUUUUCGUACAUGAAACCCUCCAUAAUUGUCCUGGUUGUGAAAGUAAACAAAAAAUAUAA